ACUUCAAACCGAUAUUCUGUGAUGUCGUGGGGUGUGAUGUGAGAUACCCAAGGCCCAGUGUCGUAACUUCUAUGAAAACUCAUAGUAUAAACUUUCCAUGUCAUAAUCUGGAAUACUUUCAAACAAUCUAGUGUGUUACUUUUUCAUGUGAAUGAACAUUGGAAGUGUGAGCUCAUUUUUUAUGCUCUAUGUUGCAUGCACUUGUCAGCAACAAAGAGCUCCCAGUUUUUAGUGUUGUGAUUUUCCGAACACUGUCUAGUCCCUUGUGUGAUGUGAGUGGUGAUCUGAGAUAUAUUCUUGGGAGCUGAACUUCACCAGAUACAGUGAACUUUGAACUCCUCACCUCUGUUUGAGGAAUGGAGGAAGAAGAGAAAGAAAACCAAGCUCAGUACAGCAGUCAGCUGGCAUCAGGGAGAGCAAACGUGGAACAGCACAGUGACAUGGAGAAUGAGACUGAUCUGUCUUAUUUAGAGCACGAGUCUGCUGAAUUUUCCUCGUCUGAGGAAGAAGAAGACCGUGACGAAGGCUCUGAGCCCGUCUCUCUGAACGUGACUCCUGAACUGCUGGCUGAUAUUUUACACCAGAAGCAAAUGAAAAUCCUUCAAACACCAGAGGUGAUGCAUUUUUUGCAAGAGCACCAAACCAUGUUAGCUCGUAACGGCUCCCAGUGUCAGUCCACGGCUUCACACGGGCAGAAUCGUCCACUGGUCAAAGACGCGGGAUUGUCCUCAGCUCUCGCAAACUUUUCGACAGACUCCUCCACACAGCACAGCCUCCCAAACAGAUGACACCUGUCCUUGUGGUUGUUGUUCUCUCACUAUCUCUAUCCCAAGCCUUGAUUUGCGACCUGUCAAACCUCGUUAAACCGGCACCCCUGUCAUGGAACAUGAUUCUGCUGUGCGAUCUGUGCUUGAAAAAUGUCUUUUUGUUGGUGUUAUACAUGUAUAAUAUGUAUUUAGUAGAGCCAAGAGUCUUCUCUCUCCAUUUCUUUGUCUUUCUCGUGGGAGAAAGAUAAUCAAAUAUCCAACCAGUGGGUGUUGUGCGCCAUGUGCAGUGUGUACCUUUGUCGGUCAGUUCGCUGGCGGUACGACAAGGUAAAUUUGCAUUAAUUAAAUAAAGGCCGUACAGCUCCGACAGUAGGUGGCAUUUUUUUUUUUACAUUGGCAAAACCUGGUGGUAAGUGGGGCUGGCGGUAUAACAGGCAGGGGUACGAGGUUUGACUGUAUAUUUAUGGCUUUUAUCUUUAGAUUUGUUUUUUAUUUACGGUAUCUUUUUGAAACCGCUCUAGCAACAUAUAUCUGGUAACUUUUACAACGAUGCUCUCCGUGCUGGUUUAAAUUAUAGUAGAUUUCUAUGUACUGGCACCUCUUUUUUCAAGUUGAUUUUGACAUAAUGGAAGGGUGCAAGUUUUUACCAUUCCUUCUCCCGUUUUCUUUAACUCUUUUUAUCCUAGCCGUACCGCCACGGACUCUGUACCGGUCCUGGGGCCGCCGCGCCGUAUGAGUCAGAAGUCAGUGCGU